UAUUGUGAAAAAAAUGAGAUUUUCAUAUUUCUUCUUUUUUUUUAUUUAUAAGUGAUACACAUCAUCAUAGUUACGAUCAAUCGAAUCGGUCCGGCAUUGUGUGAGACUAAAGACUCCCUCCCUGACACUUUCAUAAAAAGUCUAACGUAACGCUACAAUGAAACGUAUGAACAUGCUAUAGAAUAAUGACUGCACUUUCACGAGUCAGAGUAAAAAAUUCCAAGUGGUAUUUUUUAUGGGAAAUAACCACAUCCAUUAAAGAGCUCUAUCUUCGUUGAAUCGAUCGCUUAACUGCUCGUUUUUAUUAUAGCAAACGUAUGAAAAUACGGAUAUUUUGAUAUCAGGGUAACAUUUCACGGCAUCUUAUGUUCCAUUUGAAUUAAAUUAGACAAUUUACGGUGGAAUUUAUGUUGAAGGAAAUAUCAUAUGAAAUAUUUGUUCACUUAAACGAAAAGAGGGUAUGAACGAACCUUUGUGGAUAUUCUUAUGUCAAACGCGUCUCGAUGCUCCGAGAGAAAUGAUCUCCUUUGAGACGGAGUAUUUAAGCAUGAAUCGAAUACUUUUGCUCAUGAUUGGAAUGUGGCCUUAUCAACAAUCGAAAGUCGUUCAACUUCAGAUAAUAUUAUUUUACGGUAUUUUUAUAAGCAUGAUAAUAUUUCAGGUGAAGUAUUUCUUGGAGGAAUUUCAGUAUAUUUACAAUGAAUUAAAAAAUGAGAAUGAAAUCGCUAUCAUACAAAAUUAUGGCAGUAAAGCAAAAUUGUAUACGGCUGUGCUUAUAUUGUUUGGCAUAUGCUGCGUGGUUAUUCUUGUUGCCCAGCCAUGGUGUCCAUACCUCCUUGAUAUUAUUUUGCUCGUAAAUAAUUCUCGACCACAUCCCGUAACAUAUAUUAUAACUGAAUACUUUAUCGAUAAAGAGAGAUAUUUUUAUAUAAAUAUGCUGCAUAUGAAUAUAGUUAUUUCUCUAGGAACAGUUGUGCUAUUAGCGACUGGAACAAUGCUGAUAGCAUGUGCAAAAUGUAUUUGUGGAAUAUUUAGGAUCGCCAGUUACCGCAUUGAGCGGGCAAUGGAGAUUAAUAUUGCAUGUAUUGUUUAUGUAAAAGAUGACAUUAUGAUUCAUAAUGAAAUAAUUCACGCUGUGGAUAUUCAUCGCAAAGCAAUGACGUUUACCAAAUUCUUACUUGCCUCUUUUGAAGGAUCGUUUUUUUGUAUAAUGACGUGCGGUGUGAUUACCUUAAGUCUCAAUCUUUAUCGGAUUUUCCAGAUUAUGUCAUUUGGAGGCAGUGUCGAGGAGUUGAUAGUGCAUUAUAUAUUUACCGGCGUCAUUUUUAUGUACAUAUUAGUAUCCAAUUACUUUGCGCAAGAAAUUUUAGAUCACAAUAAUCAAGUAUUCGCUGCUGUGUAUAAUAUACAGUGGUACACAACUCCGUUGUAUAUACAGAGAAUGAUACUGUUCCUGUUGCAAAACGGCACGAAAACUCUUACCUUGAAUAUCGGUGGAUUGUUCGCGGCAUCCUUAGAAGGUACCGCCACGGUAAAUAAUAAAACAUGUAUCAGUGCGCGAAUUUUCGAUGUAACACAUUUGAGCGAACAUUAUAAAUAUCAAAAGCUCUUAUACACAGUUAAUAAGUGCCGCCAUGUCUUACUUCACUGUUCUAUGUUCUACGCAGAAUUGACGCCAAGAUCUAUUAUUUCAUCGCACAUGGGGAGUGGUACACAUUAAUCGAUAGUAACGACUCUGACAUCCCCAUGAAGUCUGACACAACUAACGAUUAUUCGCGAUACAAUGAAAUGUAUAAAAAUACGAAGCUAUAGAAUAACGACUGCAUCUUCACGAUCUCGAAUAAAAAAUUUUUGGCGGCAUUUUUUAUAGAAAAUAAGUCCGCCCAUUAAAUUAAUCGAUUAUUUAAUCGUCUAUCUCUACUACAGCGAACGCGGAAAAAUGCGUGUGUUUCAAUUUCACAGUGACAUUUAACGGCACCUUGCGUUCUAAUUGAGUUAAAUUAGAUGAUUUACAGUAAAAUUUACGUUGAAGAAAGGGUACUAUAUGAAAUAUUUAGUUUUGGACGAAGAGAAGAGAUGGACGAACCCUCGCUGACAGGCUAAAUACUCAAGAGAGAUAAUUUUCUUUGAAACCGAAUAUUUGAAUACCACAUUU